AUUCCCAGCCGUCAUUAUACCUAUGAAGCGGACCCCUGCGCCGAUUGUUGCGACCCACGGGAAUCAGGGCAUGUCAAGAUUGGAAGGCACCACAAAAGUCAUAAAGAAUAUUCUUCUAAUCAUGAAGAAGAUCGACCAAGUCGUAAACGCCACCAUCUGGAUGACUGGUCCUCGGAAGAGUUCCAUGUUAAAGAAGAAGUCAAAAGAAAAAAGAAACACAAGAAGCAUUCACGGAGUCACAGCAAAGAUCGGAAGUCACGCCACGAUAAGCGACAUGAUUCACCUGAAUGUACGGACAUCAACACAUUAAAAUACCGAACCAGUCUCAUGUCGGAGUUAACCAAACACCAAAACUUCAGAGAGAAGCUUAUGAAAAGCAGAAAAAAGCCAGAAACAAAAGAAAAACCUAUUCCGCGAUCCUGUCCUUUGGAUGAUGUUCCCUUACCUCCCGUUACAGAAGCGUCCAACCCCCCACAAAUCGCGCAUUCCGCCGUACCCUUAGAAGAGAUUGCUCUACCACCGGAACCAGCAUCAAGCAAGCAAUCUGAGGCGAAACCUGUGGCAACUGGAACUCGAUCGCCAAAGCAGUUAAAUAUGCAAGCAAUACACAAUACAGAAUCAUCCGAACAAAAGGCGUAUGCGUCUCCACGCCCGCGUCCCCAACUGCCUUCAACCAGUGUAUCGCUUCCCACUACCGAUUAUAUUCCAAUCAAUACCAAGCAAAGCCAAGAAUUAUCGAAAAAGCCAUCUAUCUCGGAGUUACCUUUACCUCCUGGCUUUGAAACGUCCAACUUGAACUCAAUUUCCCCAGAGACGUCAACUAAGUUGAAUGUGAACAGUCCUGUCAAACGAAACAUCAGGGGCCAAAUUACUCAGUGGCCAAACUUUCUCACGGCGCUGUUGGUUUUCAGUCGAAUGAGUGGGUCACAGUUGAUUUCACAUACAUCUGGCGCAUCUGGACCUGAGGAGUAG